AUGUACAUCACUCUGUACAUCAACAGCAGAUCUGAACGAAAGGAGACAAUGUUGACCAACUUCAGCAAUAUCAGGCUACAUUACAUAGGAGGAACACACCACUGGAUCCCGAAGAGUCGCAUGUUAUUUGGUGGACAGAUUGUUGGUCAGGCACUGGUAGCUGCUGCAAUGUCUGUACCCGAGAAUGUUUUUGCUCAUUCAUUGCACUGUUACUUUGUUCGAGCAGGUGAUCCCGAUAUGCCAGUUGUAUACAGAGUGUAUCGUACCCGAGACGGUAAAAGCUUUUCUGUUCGUUCAGUGAGAGCCAUACAGCAUGGGCACCCGAUCCUAAUUUGCCAGGCUUCUUUCCAGAAGAAAAUGGAGAGCCCAAUUCAGCACCAGUUUACCAUGCCGGUGGUUCCUGCCCCUGAAAAUGUAUUGACCCAAGAGGAACUCAUUGAAAAAUACUUGAGAGAUCCAGAUUUAACAGAAAAUUAUAAAAUGGGUCUGACGAAAAUGUUAGCUGAAGAGGUUCCAAUUGAAAUCAAACCCAUAAAUCCACCAGAUUACUACAGAUGUGUACCCGUGGAGCCUGUACAGAGGUUUUGGGUUCGAGCACGUGGCUACAUAGGUGAUGGGAACAUGAAAUUGCAUUGUUGCGUUGCUGCCUACAUUUCCGACUAUUCCUUCCUGGCAACUGCGUUACUGCCUCAUGUGAACUAUAGGGUAAAGUUCAUGGCAUCCCUGGACCACUCCAUGUGGUUUCAUGCCCCAUUCCGGUCUGACGAGUGGAUGUUAUACGAAUGUGAGAGUCCUUGGUCUGGUGACUGCAGAGGUCUGGUACAGGGUCGUCUCUGGAAGCAGAAUGGAGUCUUAGCAGUUUCUUGUGCUCAAGAGGGAGUAUUUUAUGUGAAGCCAGCAGCCAACAGAAGCAAGUUGUGACUAAAAUGGCUAGUUGCCAAUUAAUCUAACUCCAACAUUUUUAGCAUGUAUUUGCUAACAUUUUGUCUAAUUUGUCAAGAGAUAAUACCUGUAAUAUGGUAAACCCUAUUUAUUGUCUGAAGAUUUUCCAGUAAUUCCUAUACAUACAAGAAAAAAACUAUGCAAAAUAGUUUUAUAAAAUAGAAGUAACAGACUGGAGAGACUCUGCAGCUCUGUUGUUCUUUGGAGUUCCAAAGAAGAAACAUGCAGGGCUCAAUGGUAAAUCUCUCUGUCUGUCUCUCUCCACACACCCCACGUCUUAGAUUCUGUUGAGUUUGCAUCUGUUGAAUUAUUUUUGUAGAUGUCCAGCAUUUUUUGCUUUUACCUACCUGUGAUUGAGAUUUUGGUCAUCUGUCCAGGCAUCUCAAAUGUAACUUGGUGCUGUCUUUUGUUUUGUGUUCCCUGUGAAGUACUUUGGGAUGUUUCAUUAUGUUAAGGGUCCAACUAAAUGCAAACUGUUAUCACCAAGGGCCAAUCAGUCUUGCAACGUUUCAAUGCAGCUGGAGCAGCUGCAUACUUCAAGCGCUGAGCCAUUGCCAAUUCUCAGAUGCAUUGCUCCCAUGAGAGACUGCCAGUGCUUUGUAAAUGAAGGAACCUUCCCCAAACUACACAAUCCAGAAGAGCUUUCUCAAAUCCAGCACUUGGUCUGGAGUCAAACAUGUAAAUUUUCUGACUUUAAAUAACAUACUUAUUAUAUCUGUGCCUCCCCUGCCAUUUUACAGGCAAUUGUCUACAUGGGAUUUCCAAUUUUUGUUGCCAUGUGCAGUCAACUAACAAUUAAAGUCCAGAGUAACCAGAUGAUUUGGGCAGCAUGUAAUACACUUGUACAUUCCAGUGUAAGAAAAAAUCUAGGUGUUACACAAAAUUCAAUUGUCAUAUUUUACUUUUAUCUAUCCUCUCAAAGGUAUUAGCUUACAGUGGUAUGGCAAGCAGUUGCCCUCCUGUAGCUGUUAAAUUACUGUUCUUUGUGUUUCUGUAAGUUAUUUUGCUGUGGCAAAUGUCAUGUCCAAAUCAAAUCUGUUCCUUCUUAUGACCACAUGCAUAUUUUACAGCUGGCAUCACGGGGAAGAUAGGAAUCCUGUAUUUUCUUUCCAUGCCUUUUUGUUGUUAUUGGAUCCCUUAACAUAAGAGCCCAACUGACCUUGGCUGAGACCUGCUAACUUUGCACAGGCCAAAAAGUGAAUUUUGUACCACACAGUAAGUAUGACUUAAUGUUCAUGCAUUAAUAAGCCCUCACCAGUUAGGCUAUGGGGUACUUCAUUUUGUCAGAUGUUGUAGCAUAUUUAUUUUACGCUAAUGCAUUGAUAGACAUGGUUUAACAAUGAUAGAAUUCAGAAAAAAAAUAAGUCAAAUUUAAAAUAAGAAUCAAAGUCUUUCACAACCAGAGGAUUUAGGUAGCAUGGAUGUCAUAUACUUGUAUAUUCCAGUGUAUUUAAAACAAAAUCCCGAUGUUACACAAUUCAAUUUCGAAAUUAUCUUUUAUUGAAUCAUGCCUGUGGUGGUUGUGGUUUUUGUAUUUUUUAUAAACAAUCAACAUGCUGUGUCAAAUCUGAAUGCUUAGAUUAUAUCAUGUAUACAGCCUGUUUCUGAUAUAUGCAGUUUCUAUUAGAUAGCUGUUGGCACAGAAGAAUUUUUAUUUUCUGCACAAACCCUGUUUUGUUUUUUGCAUGAGGCCUAGUGCUGCUGUUCUCACAAAGCAUGUUUUGCAUGCUCAAUGGUGAGCUUGCUUUUGGCAUGAUACAAGAACAUCUGCAAGCGAGGACUUAAGUUAAAUGGGAUCAGAGUUGCUGCAUCGGAAGUCUUUCCUACUGUCCGAGUGCCUGGAUCCUAGCAGUCAGGAAGAGUAGAAAAUGCUGAGGGUAAGACCAGAUGGCAGAAAUGAUCACAGUGGACAGAAAGAAAAAUCAGUCAGUCCAUCUCAGACCAAAGUUAUUGGUCUGAAUCAGAUUCUGCAGCCACAAAUGACAUCCAGUCUAGACCUUAGCAUAGUCUGAAAUACCUAGAGGCAAUGACAACAGCACAUUUUUUUUAAUAUGCUGGUGUUAGCUAAUUAAACUACUAAUCCCUUUAUAAUACUUAAAUAAUUAUUUUAAUCUUGUGAUUGAGGGAUAAUACCUCUGGCUUCCUCUUUUUGUUGUAAUCCUCAUUAUCCACAUUACCAUUUGCCUUCUACUAUGGAAACAAUCUUUUGUUUGCCUUUUUAAAACCUUUCUAGAGUUUGAAAACUAUGUAUCAAUUUCCUCCCUUCUAUUUUCUGGAUUGAAUGGAGGGAGCAGAGAAGAUAUUUAUUUUUCACUUUCAUUCAUUACUUUCCAUGUCCAAGGUUGAAGUACAAUUUUCGUGAGCAUAGGUUUUUACUAUGUUUAUGGGAUGUUCUAUACAUUAUCACCAUCCUGAAUGAUGUGAGAGCCCAGCACAAGGUGGGCAAAAGGUUCGUUUGAAGCAUUCAUAACAAUUUUUGGCGAGGAGUGCCAAGUGGAUGAUCCAUAUUGGCCGCCUCCUUGUGGUACCAGCGUCACAGAUACCGCUUCAUCCGAUUUAGAUUCAUUCCAUGAGCUAUCAACAAAAGGUUGAAUACAGUGGAUACUGUAAAGACUCUGUGACCUAACAAUAUUCCAGCAAUAGGACAGAAGAUCAUGCUCCACAAAAAGUCUAACCAAGCUGUUCCAAUGCAACCAUAAUGCUGGCUUUGAACCAAUGGUCUUGCUUCCAUGUAAUAAGAUAUAGGAAUAGAAGUAGGCCUUCCAACCCAUUCACCUUUUCCCAAGGUAGGCGAAUCCAAAACUGGAGGACAUGGGUUGAAGGUGAGAGGGGAAAAGAUUAAAAGAGACCUGAAGGGCAGCUGUGUAUGGAACGAGC